AUGACAAUUCGGCGUAGAAAGGCGGCACGCGGCGAAAGCGCACGCGAUUUCUGUACCCAAGCGGCGACGAUCGGUGAUAUUAUAACAAGUUUGCAUUUAAACUGCGGAAUAAAAGCGUCCAGGGUAUGUAGAGCUCUGCGACAAGGUCAUAUUUCCCUUUGGCGAUCGGACUAUCGUAGUGCAAAGGGAGGUGUGGAAAGGCUGUAUGUGAGUAAGGUAUCGGGCCGACGAACGGCCGGAGACGAGUCGCUACGUCAUCGGUGUGCUGCUAACGUUCGGAACCGGCCGCGGUGUCGGCCGACAACCUGUGGUAGGUAUGUCAGGAAUGUGACUAGCCUCCGGUAG